ACAAUUCAUAACUAACCUUUCCAAUGCAAGCCUCACUAACCUUGCUGACAUUGCUACAUUUCACCCAGAUCCUCGUGCUGGCACUCUCCGACUGAAUCCAUGCUCAGGAACAAUGGCCUCAAAACUGCGAGAUGGCUGCAGCAUCUUGCGGCUCUGUCCGAUACUUUCGACCCUCUCUGGUCCCUGGCCUAACCCCAACGCUUGCGUAUGCAAGCAGCUCAGAAUAUUAUCUCGCCUCGCCCUCCGUUUCCUUCGUCCAUUCCUCUCUGCCUCUUUGCGCAUGGAUCUAUCGAGGUGAAACGUAUGGAUUAAUUGUUUCAACAAUACAUCAAUACAACGUGCCCCCGCCCGCCCCGAUUCUGCCCUCUUCACCCACGCUAUACACUGAUCAUCUCAAUUCUUGCCAUAUUAUAUCAUCUGCCCUUUCCUCCCCCUGUACGCCUUACCAAUGGUCCAACCUUCCCGGCCGAUCCCUAUAUCGUUGGCUCCUUUAUCUACCUCAACAUUCUCCACCGCCCCAUCAUCCUCCCACCAUCACAUACACCCCCGCUCACACCAACUCCCUCUCAAUUCCCUCCCAAGUCAAUUCAUUUGCUGAUCUGGUUGCUUCUAAUUCCCAAUGGUUUAAAGUCAGGCCACCUCUCGCUCCUUUACUUACGUUUUCCAUGGACCUGUUUAUGUUAUAUUCGCCAAACGAUGGCUAUAUCGAAACAAACAUUUCGAAGUAUGUGUCCUCCAUAUUAAUUUCUCGUUCAUAUUCUAGCCCUGAUUUCCACCCGGCUUCGACGAUGCUGUUACCUUUAUAUGAUCAACAUUCACCUCCCGAACAUCCAUAUCUGCGUGCUUCUUCAGCAUUCUCUGCCCUGGUAUAGCUCUAUGCAAGGUCUGACCAGCUUGACCCUGCAUAGCCGAAUCUGACCGUUUGGGAACGUUUCCCCCAACUGUCACAGAGGGUACGACGCCCUGGAAGCGGUCCAUCACGUUUUCGUAUCAUGUCCUGUAUCGCGCCUUGCGCCAACAAGCCAUCAAAACAUUAAUCAUCGAGAUGUCGC